GGAAAAAUCAGAGAAAGAAAAUCCUAUGCGUGACCUGAGAAUCCGCAAGCUCUGCCUCAAUAUCUGUGUUGGUGAGAGUGGUGACAGACUGACCCGGGCGGCUAAAGUGCUGGAGCAGCUCACUGGGCAGACACCUGUCUUCUCCAAAGCUCGCUACACUGUGAGAUCUUUUGGAAUUAGGAGAAAUGAAAAAAUUGCAGUUCACUGUACUGUCCGAGGAGCCAAAGCAGAAGAGAUCUUGGAGAAGGGGCUUAAGGUCAGAGAAUAUGAGUUGAGGAAGAAUAACUUCUCUGAAACAGGAAACUUUGGAUUUGGUAUCCAGGAGCACAUUGAUCUGGGGAUUAAAUAUGACCCAAGCAUUGGAAUCUACGGGCUGGAUUUCUAUGUGGUCCUUGGCCGUCCAGGCUUCAGCAUUGCUGACAAAAAGCGCAAGACUGGCAGCAUUGGUGCCAAGCAUCGGAUUGGUAAAGAGGAGGCAAUGCGUUGGUUCCAGCAGAAGUAUGAUGGCAUAAUUCUCCCUGGAAAGUGA